CAUGCGUCAGUAAUUAUGGAAUAGACGCGCUUAAGCAGAUGCGUAAGAUCUGCACAGAUGCUGAAAAAACUCUAUCUGAUGAUUAUUUUUUCAACUACAAUAUUCAGAAGAAAUCUGUAUUUACAAACACACUUGAAGAUUAUGCCAUUAUGACAGUGGAUACGUCUAUAAAGAUUUCUGCUUCAGCCAUCAUAGUCAUCAGUACUACGGCAAGGAGCGUGUUCUAUGUAGCCAAGUACCGGCCUAAAUGUCCUGUCAUCACUCCCAUAAGACUCUGUCGGCGGGCAAGACAAUCAAAUUUAUUUCGAGGAGUCUUCCCUUUGUUUGUUCCUGGUAAAGUUACUGAUGAGUGGUAUGAGGACAAUAAUACAAGAAUACACUUGGCAAUUGAAUAUGGAAAACGAAAAGACUUUAUCAAGUCUGGUGAUACUGUAGUAAUCCUCUUUGACUGGGGUAAAGUAUUUGCUGCUACAAAAUCGAUCUGUGUCAUGAACAUUAAAUAAAUAAUGGUGCAUAGUUGUCUUCGGUUAAGAAGUGCUGCUGUUAUUUUGUUUUUAUAUCCCCACUGUCUAUUUCGAAUUUUUUUUAUGUGCUUCUUACCUACCAUAAAUUGAAUGGUGUUUUUGCUGUAAUUUUAAGUGAUGCAAUGUGAAUGCUUUUAAAAGUAUUAAAUAUGCCCUUGUCAUUGAUGUUGAUUAAAAGUACUGCAGUUAUAUCAAAUUUAUUAGUUAAGAGAAAGUAUUGAUAGAGUAUUUGUUAUAGAUGCGUCGAAACCACUAGUAAAAGUGUUUUGUUUUUAGAUCCUUGCUCUCCACCUUGAAUGUUUUUAUAUACUUCUGCCCUACCAUAAACUCAAAGGUCUUUUAAUUGUAAUUUUAAGUGAUGAAAUGUGAAUGCUUUUAAAAGUACUGAAAGUGCCCUUAUCAUUUAAAAUUUUCUAAUUCAGAAAAAGUAUUCAUAAAUAGUAUUUGUUGUAGAUGUGUUAAAACUGUUAGUGCAAUUGUUGUUUUGUUUUUAGAUUAUCGCUGUUCAUCUUGAAUGUUUUUUAUUAUUCUGACUUACCAUGUACUAGAUGGUGUUUUAUUGUCAUUUUAAGUAAUGAAAUUUGUAUGCUUUUAAAAGUACUUAAAGUGCU